AUGUUCUACGAACCAGGCAAGACCGAGCACAACCUGCCAUACGAUCCGUUCAAGGCCUGCGUCAUCCCGCGCCCGAUCGGCUGGAUCAGCACCGUGUCGCCCGAGUCAACCUCAUCCUCAUCCUCGUCGCGAACAGCCAACCUCGCGCCCUUCAGCCAGUUCAACAACCUGACGUUCGACCCGCCGUUCGUCAUGUUCUCGGCGAACCAGACGCCGGACGCCGCGCAAAAGGACACGGUGCGCAACGCCGAGGCCACCGGCGUCUUCUGCUGGCAGCUGGCCACCUGGGACCUGCGCGAGGCCGUCAACGUCACCGCCGAGCAGGUCCCCUACGGCGUCGACGAGUUCGAGCGCGCCGGCCUGGCCAAGGAGUGGUCCACCCGCCUCGCCACCCCCGUGCCCAUGGUCCAGGCCUCCCCCGUCAGGUUCGAGUGCGAGUACCACUCGACGCUGCGCUUGCCCGGGAAUCCGCCCAUGGGCACCGUCGACGUGGUCAUCGGGAAGGUCGUGGGCAUUCACAUCGACGACCGGGUCUUGACCGAGGACGGGAAGAUCGAUGUGGCCAAGACACAACCCAUUGCGAGGUGUGGCUAUUAUGACUAUGCCGUCGUCCGCGAGACGUUCGAGAUGAUUAUCCCUGGCACCACCGAAGCCAUCCGCUACGGCAUGGAAGGCAAUGUGAAGAAGCACGCAGCUGCCAGAGACGCGGCCAACAAGAUGGGCGUCAGUGAGUAA